CCGCCCGGGCGGGUCAUUGUCUGGCGGCUCCUGAGGCGGGUCGGGCGCGGCGGCGGUUCCGGGACUCGGACGGCGGCGGCGGCACCAUGGCUGGCGGCAAGGCGGGCAAGGACAGCGGCAAGGCCAAGGCCAAGGCCGUGUCACGCUCCCAGAGAGCAGGCCUGCAGUUCCCUGUCGGCCGCAUCCACAGGCACCUGAAGACUCGGACCACCAGCCACGGGCGCGUGGGGGCCACGGCGGCCGUGUACAGCGCGGCCAUCCUGGAGUACCUGACCGCCGAGGUGCUGGAGCUGGCCGGGAACGCUUCCAAGGACCUCAAGGUGAAGCGGAUCACACCCCGGCACCUGCAGCUGGCGAUCCGCGGUGAUGAGGAGUUGGACUCCCUGAUCAAAGCCACCAUCGCCGGUGGAGGUGUCAUCCCCCACAUCCACAAGUCCCUGAUUGGAAAGAAGGGGUAAGGGGAGCGCGGUGCCGGAUCCCCCGUCAUCGUACCGACCUGGGCACAGCAACACCUUGGGGAUGCCAGGAAACUUUUUUUAAGGAAUAGUUGAAAGGAA